UGGCGGCCAUGCAUGAGGGCACCGCGGCCCUUCAGCAACAGCAGAGCCAGACGCUUGUAGACCUGGCGGCGUACCAGAAGGCGGACCGAGACCUCCUGCAGGGAAUGCUCCGGUCAUCGGCAGCCCCGGAGGGUGAGUCGGGAGGCGGGCCAACCCAGCUCCCUCGGGUCGCAGUGCAGAAGAUGACGGCGGAGGACGACCCGGAGGCCUUCCUGGACAUUUUCGUGGGCACGGCAGAGGCGUGCAGGUGGCUGCAGGCGGAGUGGGGGAUACGACUGCUCCCCCUGCUGUCCGGGAAGCCCAGCGGGCCACCCAUACCCUGCCCGCGGACUCCAGAUACGACUACAACUAGCUCCGGAGGGCGAUCCUGGACCGGCUGGGCAGCACACCAGAGGGACUUCGCCGCCGGCUCCGGAGCCUGCCCUUUGAGGACGCUGGCCGACCCUUCGCCUUCGCCCAGCAGCUCCUCGACUCGGCUAGGCGCUGGCUCCAGCCGGGAGUCAACUCCGUUGAGGACAUCGUCGGGCAGGUGGCCCUGGAGCAAUUCAUCGCCGGACUCCCACUCUCCUCGGCGAACUGGGUCCAGUGUCACCGUCCGGCCAGCCUUGAAGCCGCCGUCAGACUCGCGGAGGACCACCUCUCCCUGCCCCGGCGGAGCCUGGGGGCCGAAGCCCGGGCCAUCUCUCCUCCACAGCUUCGGCCCGUUCCAGCCCCGAGGAGGUUCCGGCCUGCCAUGGGGGCCGCUGGCCCUGGCACUACACCAUCCUCCGUGGGUCCUGCCUACAACCCUGGGACAGCUGGACCCCAGUCGCUCCCUAACCCCCCAGCCACACCCGGUGGGACUGUCCAGUCAUGGAGGUGUGGCAGUUGGUCCGGAUUGUGGCACCGCCAGACUCCUUCCCCGGUCCGGAAGGGAUAUACCAUGUACCGACCGACGCCUCGAACAGCGGGGUGGGAGCCGUUCUGUCCCAGGAGGUGGAGGGGGUCGACCUGCCCGUACUGUACAUUAGCCGGAAGCUGGCUCAGCGGGAGGUGAACUACAGUAUGGUGGAGAAAGAGUGCCUCG